CAUGGCAGAUCUUACUCAGACUCACAACAAACAACUUCUCUCUCAUCCUUUUCGGAAAAGAAAGAAAAAUCACGACAUUGUUUCACAGAGUUUGAAAUGUUGUUCAGAAUCUUACCUGUUGUCUUCUUUUUCUUCGCCGUCGUCGACGCUUGCUCGCCGUCGGAUCGAGCGGCAUUGCUCGCAUUCAAGGCGGCGUUGAAGGAGCCGUACUUAGGAAUCUUCAAUUCAUGGACGGGAGAUUCCUGCUGCGGUGGAUGGUACGGCGUCAGCUGUGAUCCUGAUACUCUCAAGGUCACUGACAUAAGCCUUCGCGGCGAGUCUGAGGAUCCGAUCUUCGAGAAGGCCGGCCGGACUGGCUACAUGACUGGUUCGAUUUCGCCGGAGAUUUGCAAGCUCGAUAGCCUCACCAUCCUUAUCGUUGCCGAUUGGAAAGGAAUCUCAGGCGAGAUUCCGAAGUGCUUGACGAAACUCAGCCAUCUCCGCGUUCUUGACCUCGUUGGAAAUAAAAUCAGCGGGGAAAUUCCUAAGGAUAUCGGAAACCUAAAUAAACUCACCGUGCUUAACAUAGCCGACAAUGCGAUUUCCGGUGCCAUACCUGCAUCUAUCGUUAACAUCGGCAGUUUAAAGCAUCUGGAUCUCCGAAACAAUCAAAUCACCGGCGAAAUUCCGUCCGAUUUCGGGAAAUUAGGCAUGCUGAGCCGAGCGCUCCUCGGCCGCAACCAAAUUACCGGAGCGAUUCCGUCUUCUGUUACGAAAAUGUACCGCCUCGCGGAUUUAGAUUUGUCCAUGAACGGAAUCUCCGGCAUCAUUCCGGAGAACAUCGGCAAUAUGCCGGUUCUCUCGACGCUGAAUCUGGACAGCAACAGAAUCUCCGGCCAAAUACCUCCAACUCUGAUCAGCAAUGGCGGGCUAGGGAUUCUGAAUUUGAGUCGAAACGCUCUGGAAGGCCACAUUCCCGACGUUUUUUGCACCGAUUCGUACUUCAUGGCUCUCGACUUGUCGUUCAAUGCUCUCAAAGGUCCGAUACCAAAUUCAUUGUCGUCAGCCAAAUACGUUGGCCAUUUGGAUCUCAGCCAUAACCAUCUUUGCGGGUCGAUACCCAUCGGGUCACCCUUCGACCACCUCGAAGCGUCGUCGUUUACAAACAAUGAUUGCCUCUGUGGGAACCCGUUAAGGACCUGUUGAAGACAAAAUCCGGGUAAGAGAGAAAAAACAAUUGACCCGGAUCCGACCCGAAUGUAUGUGUUGUUUUGUUUAUAAAACUGUGAUAAUAAAAUUCUUGUGUGGAGAUUUUUAGUGAAUCGGGUCGGGUGUGUUUUAUUAUUUUCAAUUGUUAUUAUAUAUUUUUGUUUAAUGCAAUCUGAAUCUUAGAUAUAAU